AAGAGAGGCGUUGGUGUAAUUUACCCAUAUUUUAUAUAAUCAUUUGAUUACAAUUUCAUAUUGCAAAACCAGCCAAGCUGGCUAUUUCCCAUUCACAUGGAUACCAAAGAGAGCUCCCAAUCACAAGAAGUUCUAUUUCAAUCCCAAAACCCAUGUACCAAUCAUCCCUCAAUGGCUCAUGAAUCUCAAAACUUCCAAGAAAAUGGAGAGAGAAAAAUCCUAAAUCUUCCCAAAAGAGGUAACAACCAUGAGAGAAGGUUCCUUGGAGUGAGACAAAGGCCCUCAGGGAGAUGGGUAGCUGAAAUCAAAGACUCCUCACAGAAGCUAAGGCUAUGGUUGGGGACUUUUGAUAGGGCAGAAGAAGCCGCCAUGGCUUACGACAGUGCUGCUCGCCUUCUCCGAGGAAGAAAUGCAAAGACAAACUUCACAUACCAUGGAAUCAUGACUACCCAUGAAGAGAAUUGCAACUUAUUGGGAAAGAAUCCAAGGCUGUAUCAGCUUCUUCAACAUGCCAUCAUGAAGAACAUUUCAAAGCCCUCAUCUUUUACCAACAAGUCUGUGGAUAGUCCAAUAUUAUGGAGAGGUGAUCAUAAUAGAGGUGGUGGUGUAGAAGAUGGUUCAAUCAAUUUUGAUACACUUGUUGAAGAAACCAUAGUUUGUUCUUCAAGUUGUGGAGAUGGGUUUGGAUGUUAUGGGUCUCAAUCUCAAGACAAAGAUAAGAUUUGUAGUCUCUCACUUGGUAGUUCUAGGGUUUAUUCGUCUGUAAUUGUAGCUCCCUCUUUUGGUCAAGGAUCCUCUGUUUCCAAAUCUCUCAGUUCUCCUGUCUUCAGACACUCAUAACCAUUAGAUUAUUGAAAAUUUCAAAGAACAAUAAUCCGAAAACGUGAUCUAAUGGAUGCAGAUGUUUUGAGACAAAGGAACAAAAAGAUUUGAGAAGAUAGCAUUUUAUACCCUAUCUUUUAGUGUUACUAGGAGUCAAGGUGAAAAAGAAGAAGUGGUGUGAAGAGGCUCAACAACUUGAUUGAUUCUCUUUUCAAGUAUGGUUUAGUGUGAGAGAACAAUUAGUUUACCUUGUAAAAAAUGCUUUCUUUUCUUUUUCUUUUUCUUUUUCUUUUGUUUUUAUAGAUAUAUUAACCCCAUGUAGCUCAAGAAAUUUCUUUCUUCUCAGCUUCUAAUAUCACCUAUGGUGAAGUGCAUA